ACACCCGUAGCUACUGUUAUCUGAGGUGACGUACGCCUUUAUCAGCAGUAGGGAGUUCGGUGGUUUCAGGCUAGACGGCCUCGCAAACCGAGCCGAGCAGCAGAGAGAUGAGGGCGCGGUUCCUAUGGCUGGUCCUCCUGUGGGCCGUGGCGGCGCGCGCCGCUCGCCUCCUAGCCGUCCUGCCCACCAACACCAAGAGUCACCACGCCAUGUACGGCCGACUACUCGAGGCCUUGGCCAGGAAGGACCAUCAGCUCACAGUGGUCACGCAUUUCCCAAUGAAAAAUCCACCUCCGAACGUGCAACAAAUCAGUCUCGCUGGGACCAUACCUGAAAUUACUAACAACCUCACAGUGCAACAUGAUUCCAUCAAACCUGAUUUCAUUCGGAAUUUGGAACAGAUAAUGAAGGAGUGCGUUGACGCAUGUUCCACCGUUGCUAAAGUGCCCGCUGUCAAAGCACUGCUGAACUCAACGGAGACCUUCGAUCUCGUCAUUGUAGAAGUGUUUGGGAGCGACUGUUUUCUCCCUCUUGGCAAAAAGUAUCAAGCUCCUGUUGUCGGUCUGCUAUCAAGUGUUCCCCUGCCAUGGGUCAAUGAACAACUAGGUAAUCCUGAAGCAACAUCCUAUGUGCCAUCGUACAUGGUUGGGUACGGACAACGAAUGACGCUUUGGGAAAGAUUUGCCAACACAAUGGCGGUGAUCAUAGCCAAGGUGUUAUACAGAUACAAAUCUCAGAUUCCAUCACAGGCAAUAUCGGAUCGGUUAUUUGGCCCCGGACCGAAGUUGGAGUCAUUAGCUCAGAACUACAGUUUGGUGUUGUCCAACAGUCAUUUCAGUAUCAAUGAAGUCCGUCCUCUAGUUCCUGCACUGGUAGAAGUCGGAGGAUUGCACUUAGACGACGCGCCAAUUCUUCCUCGUCAAAUGCAGAAACUGCUGGACGCAUCAACAGAAGGCGUGAUCUACUGGAGCUUCGGAUCCAUGUCCAGGAUAGAGACCAUACCAAGCGAAACAUUGGCACAAAUAUUUAAUGUGCUGUCGGAGCUGCCUCAGACGGUGUUCAUCAAGAUGGACCGACGUAUGCUCGCUAGGAACCUGACCGUGCCUGACAACGCCUACACAAUGGACUGGAUACCACAGCAUGCCACUUUAUGUCACCCGAAUGUGAAGUUGUUUAUCUCUCAUGGAGGUCUGCUGGGGACGCAGGAGGCGGUGGCGUGUGGAGUACCGAUGCUGAUGGUACCGCUGUAUGCAGACCAGGCGCUGAAUGCGAGAGCCAUGGCCGACCGGGGCGUGGCAGAAGUAGUCACACUCAAAGAUAUGGACAAGGACGCGUGGAGAAGAAGUCUACGAGCAUUGCUCACUAAUCAAAGGUACAAAAAUAAUGCAAUAGAUUUAAAAAACAUAUUCUUGGAUCGGCCAAUGAAGCCUUUGGACAUGGGAGUUUACUGGAUAGAGUAUGUCCUGAGGCACAGAGGGGCCGCGCACUUGAGGUCACCAGCUCUCGACCUCACCUACCCGCAAUAUAUGCUACUAGAUGUAGUAGCAUUAAGUACUGCCAUAGCACUACUAACCAUUUUUAUACUACACAAACUGUUCAGGUACUUGUGUACAAGAUGCAUAAAAUGGUGGCCAAAGGAAAAACUUGUCUUUGAAAAGAGACUGUUUAAAAGAAACAUUAGCUUUUUCUUAUGUAUUCUAUGGAAGUAUAAGGUGAAGACGAAUUAAUGAGUACUAUGUACAUAGAUUUGUUAACUCAUUGUAUUAUAUAGGUGUAAUGUAAAUAUUAUUUUGUAAGCUGUUAGGUAUUUAUAAAUGUAUUUUUAUAGUGUAGUAGAAUACAUGUAAUGAAACCUUUAAGUAACUGUUACAAGGAUUCUGGAACUUUUGUAUUGACAGAGGAGACAAGCCGAAGGACAGGAGAGCAAACAAAGUUUUCUCUGUACAUUAACUCUACAUUUGCACAGCUUUUAAUUUACUUCAUAAAAUAUCAAGAUUUUAGAUAUAUCAAUCAAUCAAUAGAGCAAGAAAUUCCAAAAUCCAAUUAUGUACAGCUUGUUUUAGACAAAAUGUGUCUUUAAUUAAUACUAUUUUCCAGUACUUCUGUUUUGAUAAAACAGGUUAUCUCACCAUCAAGUCAUAGUCAGCAAAGUUGAAUUAAUUUUAAGCCUUUUACUUAAUACCAAAGUUAUUUGUUAAUCCUAGUGCCAACCUAGUAUUAGACAGAUAAUUCUAGCUUGUCAUUUGUUAAGACUUUAUUACUUAAUCUUACAUUACUAAAAUUUAGUGUCUGCUUGUGCAGUGCAGAAG